CUAGCAAAUAACAGCAUGUUUUCAGCAGCAGCAUCACGAGCUUUUCUGCCAGUUAAAUAUGUUACUUGUUUUCUGUUUCUGUUCUGGAUUAUCAGAUUUAAUUUUAGCCAAGAUACCCAAGUUCACUAUUUUGUGAGUAUUUGUCAUCAUUUUAACAUGUUGUGACCGCUUCCACUUUGUGUUUAGCUGACCAGACUGCUGAAGGAGCUGAAGGAAGCUAAAGAAGCUCAGAGCCCAGAGGUGAAACUGGUGUGCAACCUGGAGAGGAAGAUCCUCAACAUGGAGCUCAGACACCAACACAGAGAGAAAGAGCUGCAGCAGGUGAUCGGUGGGUCGUGGCAGACGCCAGAUGUCGGUGAGCAGUCAGAGGUGGAGCGCUGGAAGCGUCUGGCUCAGGACAAGAGCAGAGAGCUGGAGGCGUUCCGUCUGGAGCUGGACUCCAUCCUGGACAUUCUGAGACAUCUCCAAAGACAGGGAGUGGUCUUCCCCAUCACAACCACCCCCAUCCAGAGGAGUUAGCGCACACACAAGGUUGGACUGAUGCAGUGAAAGCUGAUAAUUGGGUGUUGAAGCCAGAGAUAAACAUAAGCAAUAAUCAGUAUGCCAGCAGUAGUUAGCUCAAGUGAAGGGCUUUUUAUUGACAGCAGUAUAUUAGUCAAUAACACACAGGUCCACUCUAUGUCAAACAUGUACAAACAGAAAUAAAGCUACAAUAUAUUUGAGGAGUUUUUGUUGAGAUUCAGAGACAUUUUAGCAUACACAUACUGUACUUGUUUCUUAUAUAUUUUAUUUUUAUUUUUUAUUUAAAUGAUUAACUUAUUUUAGGUGUAAUGAAAAUAAAUGUUUUUCAAAUGU